CCGCAGUUUGGAGACCACUGUGGUAAAAUAUCACCACAAAGUUGUCCACUGUGGUCAUAGCCAUACAUAUCCGUAAUCCACCCAAAAACUCGUACCUCAGGUUUACAUAUAAAUCUGGGUACAUGGACUGGCACGGCAGAUGGCACUGUAUCUAUCACCUUACCUGUCUCCUACCACAAGAGAUACAACUCUGAAACUACAUUUUGACAAUUUUGGUAUCCAACAACAUGGCGGCCGCCGGCUAACGGUAUUGACUUGUGGCGAGAAACAUUGUGGCCUCUAGCGUUCACACUCUCUGCAGUCGGUUUGGACCUUGUUCCCGUACCUAGGAACACUGCUAUCUGUGCGGUUGUGUGUUCUCUGUCACACCGGACCCUUGACUGACGGAAGUGAGCCGAGGGGACGCCCUCAGUGUGCUGGCUCCUUACGAUCUUCGCCAAGAUGGCGGCGCUGGGGAUUGUCCUUCAUCUGGGUUUCUUGGCCUGGAGUGUGUUCGCGGUAUGGCAGAAUUUUGAGGUGACCGGCUCCAGGCUGAAUCAUGGGGCCCAUUCUUAUGGAGGCAGGUGGAAGUACCUGACCUUUCUUAACCAGGUUCUUCAGACGGCGUUCUUUGGUGUCUGCCUACUGUGCGAUCUCCUUCAGCUCUGCCUUUCCACUCGGAAUCGACUUUGCUCAGUUCUCACGCGGUUGAAAGACUGCAUCUUUGCAGUAUUGGCAUUUCCUGUUGGCGUGUUUGUGUUUACUUCAUUCUGGAGUCUGUACUUCUAUGAUAGAGAGCUGGUCUACCCCAAAGAUCUGGACAGCAUCAUUCCACAUUGGCUUAAUCAUGCCAUGCAUACAGCUAUCUUACCUCUUGUGCUUAUUGAGCUCCUUGCAUGUUCACAUCAUUACCCGAGCAAGAAGAAUGGCUUCGCUGUCCUGCUAGUGUUUAGCAUUGCCUAUCUGUCAUGGGUCCAAUGGGUGCAUUUUGCAGCAGAUAUCUGGGUGUAUCCCAUCCUGGCCAAGCUGGAUGCAGUAGGGAUGCUGGUGUUUUUUGCAUCGUCAUUCUUUGUUAUUCUUGCUUUCUACUGCUUGGGAGAGUGGCUGACACGGCUGCGCUGGGGCUCUGGACGUCCAUCAAAAAAGAGGAGGAAAAAGAAGAGCAACUAAGAGCCGAAAAUCAAAAUUCAGGACCAACAAUUUUAUAUAAUUUUUUUUUUUUUUUUUUUUUAAAUAAAGAGAACCCUUUCCACCCUUUGUAGAAGGAAGGUAUGGCUACAACAGAGCAACCAUUGUAAUGCUGAUUGCUUCCGGUCCCCGCUCUGCAGUUCUCUUGUAGCUGAGCAGAGCUCUCUGGCUGCACCUAGUCGUCCCGUUCCAGAUAAUAUCUAAGCUUGUAUCCUUGUCAACAUAAUCUACAAAUUCACAGGCACCGAUUCUCUAGAAGUUUUACAGCUCGGUUCGAUGUAAUGAUCGACGUGAACAUUUAUACUCCUUCCUGGCAUCCAUAUGUAAAUUGACAAAGAUGUAAACACCAUUAUAAAAUAUUGGCACUUUUUUUUAUCUUAUGUUUACAUACUGAAGACAUGGCUUUACCCAGCAGGAAUGAACUUGAAGCUGGUCAUAGUUCCUGCCUUAAUCUGUAGCCUAACAGCAGCCUAUGCACAAAAGAAUUCUGGGUAAUGGCUGGUUGCGUGGCUAUGGGACUCUGAAGAUGUAACUUGUUUUUUCUUUUUUCUUUUUACAUUGUAUCAGUGGGACCUUGCUUUAAACAUUAUGUUAAAUGUUUCUUUUGUUCGGUAAAUAAUUGCCUUGGUCGUGUCAUGGGUUUGAGUGGUAGUUUUGCAUUUGUUUAGGGAAGAAGGACUCAAGUCUCGCUUGCUCUGCCUCUAGGUCUAGUGCUGGGGUACACCAGAAAAUCUGUUUAGUGACUGCGAAGUGUUGUAUUUACAUGCAGUGUUGCGUGUAUGUUACAAUUGCACAAGGACUCGUGACAGCUAUGGAAUCUCAGCCAAGGAUAGGAAAGCCCCCAGCCAACUAUUUGGACUACUGUGGCUUAGUUGUGCCCUUCUAAUUUACCCUUGGCCAACCAAUUGACACGGUUAUUCGGGUUCUGACAUGUCAUAAUGUAUGAGUAAAUAGACAACUAGGUGUUACCAUUGUCCUUGUCCAAGGAAUGUGCCCCUACCCAGUCAGCGAUGAGUGGACUGUUGUCAGACAUGUUCACAUGGUUAAAAGCAGCAGCUUGCAAAAACUUAUUAAAAAAAUAGGGACACACCUUAUACGAUCAGUGGAAACAUCCAGUUGUCUAUCUAUUGACCUAUUUCCAAGAGGCACAACUGCAGAAUAGCAAAAUGCAAUUUCUGAGAUGAGAUGCUCCAGCACUGUUAACUCAUGAAGAAUACAAGUAUUUAUCCAUGAAGGUGUAUUCUGGGAUUUGUAAAACAUACCUACCAUUAAAAAAAAAAUAUCCAGUUCCUCUUCAAGUGUAUAGAUGCAUAUUACCUGUAGGGCUUUUCUCCGUGGAGGAAUUACGUAACAGAGUUACGUAAACAUUGUAGAUUUGCUGUUAGCAUAACUCCCAUUGGAGUCAAUGGGAGUUACGCAAAUUGCGUAUCUUCCCCGCUCUGGUUGCUUUCAGCUUUCCUGACUACCUCUGCUGGAGGUGGCCAGAAAAAGCAGACUCAAGAGAUGGGACAACCCCUUUAAAGCACUGAUUGAGAAUCUGCAGCUACAUCUCCCUCCUCCCCUCUUAUAUUUACUGUUUAACACUGUCAAUUUUUAAUGACUGUAAAGGUGUCUGAAGGUUGCAUGGAUCGGAUUUGCUGCAGGAAAUUUUGUCAGCAGAUCCACAAUUGAUUUGCAGAAGAUCCACAAGCCAAAUCUGUACCAUGUCAAUUUGAAAAUUUAGCCUAAAGAAGACUUUCCACCGAAAUGCGGAGGCAAAAAAAACUCCAAUGAUCUCAAAGAUUGUGCUGUGGAUCUGCAUGUGACAUUUCAUAAUAAGAUAUAUUACAGAUGUUAUUGUGUUCACAUGCACUGCUGAUGUAUGCAAAAAUCUAAUGAUCAGUAUCCUUUUAUACAAGAAAGGAUUAAUAAUGCAUGAAAAAACUGUGUCCUAUACUUGUUUCACAUUCUUUUCCAUUUCCUGCAGCAAAGUGGUGGUUUUGUCUGUAAUGUCAACAGGUAACAGUGGGGGCCGACCGCAGUGUGAUUGUCACUUGAUAUUCUUAUGUAAGACAUCACAUUGGAUUGUAAUGUACUAGGAGACAGACAAUGGGGAAAGAGAAAACCUGAAAUAGAAGCAAAUAAUAACCUUAAUUUUUCUAUUUUAGGCACAUACUAAGCUUAUUCCAAAUGAUUUUUCAUCAGACACAGACUGUACAAAUGUGACAGAGCUAAAUUUUGUUAACUACUUAAAGCUAUUACUUAUGGAUCUGUUUGUGACAGCUCGUUAUGUUAGGGCUUCUAGAAGUUAGUGGGUGAAAUAGCAUUGUGCCAUGUAUAACAGGUUGACUCCGCUACAUCAGUGUAAGUGGUAACUAGCAUAGCCAAAAGCCUCUCAUUUUAAAAAAAAUGUUCACAAUUUGAAAAAAUGUUUUACAUAUAGAAUUCUAUCCACAUAAACCAUUGCAUGGGUUAGAAAAACAUCUGACAUGUUAAGAGUUUUGAUUAGUGGGGGUGUCAGCACUGAGACCCUGACCAAUCAGCAGAAUGAGCAGGGAGAAAUGUGCAGCAUUGCUGUAUACUCCUGGCUCAUAGUGAUCUUAGUCUUGCUGCUCCAUAGACUUAUAGGUCUUAGCACUGAGACCCUGACAAAUCCAAACUUUUGACAUGUCCCUCUGCAGAGAAAAAGUUGAUUAGUCGCCUAUAGCAACCAAUCUGAUUAGAAAAAUAAAAGCUGCAAUCUGGUUGCUAUGGGCAACUGCUCC